AUGGUCAUGCAGUAUGGACAGUUCUUUGCGCACGACAUCACCUUCACUCCGAGCUCACGAACCAAGGAAGGCAAAAUGAUUCAGUGCUGUCCGUUUGGCUCAAACGCUCACCAGCAGUGCUACCCGAUUCGAAUUCCCAAAGAGGAUCCAUUCUUCUCCAAAUACGAAGAGGACUGCAUGAACUUUGUGCGCACUGCAAAGUGUCCCCAGUGCAAACUCGGCCCAAGACAGCAGAUGAACCAAAUCACCGCCUACAUUGACGGCUCAAUGAUUUACGGCAGCAUGGAGAACGAAACGAAGGCUUUGUGGACAAACACUGGCCCAGCAGGUCGCAUGCACGUAACGAUGGGUCGCAAUGGCAAGGAGCUGUUGCCUCAGUCUCCUGAGCCCACCAAUGAUCAGUGCUCUAAACCAGAGCAAGACAUGUUCUGUUUCAAAGCCGGUGACAAGCGAGCCAAUCAGCAUCCUGCCCUCACUGCGCUGCACACUAUUUUCGUCCGUCAGCACAAUCGAAUCGUCAAUGAGCUCAAGUACCUCAACCCGCACUGGCAUGGCGAGAUUCUCUAUCAGGAAGCAAAACGCAUCGUCAUUGCCCAGAUUCAGGCGAUCACCUACAAAGAGUGGCUCCCACUGAUCCUCGGCCCUGACGCGAUGAAGUACCUGAAGUUGAAUGUGCAGUACAAGGGUUACAGCAAGUAUGACCCGUACGCGAAUGCUGGCGUCAUCAAUGAGUUCUCCUCGGCUGCCUUCCGCUUUGGCCACUCUCUAGUCAACAGUGUUUUUGCGGAAAUUAUGCCAAACGGUAAAACUUCGGGCUAUCGACUGCGCGAGUUCUUCUUCAACCCAUUCGGUUUCUACGAGGGCCAGCUGGACGCUGUCCUUCGAGGACUGAUUAGCCAGGCUUCGCAGAACCGAGACCCCUUCAUCACUUCGGACAUGAAGAACCACCUGUACCGACCAAAGGACAAUCCCUACGGCUUGGACUUGGCCGCUUUCAACAUUCACCGCGGUCGAGAUCACGGAAUUCGAGGCUACACUGACUAUCUUAAGUUUUGCUUUGAUGAGAAAAUUUACGAGUGGCACCAGCUGGACCAAUACAUGCCGCCCUCGCAGAGAAAGCGAUUUCAGGGCCUGUACAAAAACGUCCAUGAUAUCGAUCUCUUUUCGGCUGGUCUGGCCGAGUAUCCCCUUCCCGGAGCUGCCGUCGGCCCUACUUUUACUUGCAUUAUCGGUAUUCAGUUUUACAAUCUCAAGUACGGAGAUCGUUUCUGGUUUGAGCACGGCUACCAGGCAGGCUCAUUCACUCCAGCGCAACUAUAUGAACUUAGAAAGACGACGUUAGCCAAGAUUAUUUGUGCCAAUUCCGAUGAUAUCGAAUACGUGCAAAAGAAUGUCUUCCGCGGAGAGAGUGAAAGCAAUCCUGUGGUCAGCUGCAAGUCACUGCAGGACACUCAUUUGGGCCCGUGGAAAAACACCGCUGGAGACUUUGUAAAUGGCAAAUACCAUCUUGUGUCGGUGGACGCCACAAAGCAGCCCGUUACGGCAAUGGUGUCGGGAAAAACUUGUCUAAUUGACUUGGUAAUAGUAUUAAAUCCGAAUGAAGCAUCGUCGUAA